UUGCACAAGUUGCUGCUUCAGCCAGUGAUGGGUUUAGGUGAAAAGCAUGGUUAUAAUUAGAGCAGCAGCCUGGCCUGAAUGCUCCACCAGCCACAGUGAGCACAGCUGGAUCUGCCGACUGCUCGCACAGGAGUCUGAGAGGCUGCUCCGGCCUUGAAAAUGAUCCUUCUUAAAAAGAUUUGCCUCCUUCCUCAAAGGAAAGAAAACCUAUUGAUAUAAAAGCUCACUUCCCUUCCGGCUUCCCCUGCUAAAUGCUACUCCAGUAGAGACCGAGUGUUGAUGAAUACAGGGGAAAGAAAAAAAUCAACUCUGUCCUCUGCUGCAGCUGAUGCACCCCGGCCACUUCCUGCGAUCUGCUUGUUCACAAUCAAGGGACACAGGUGCAGCAGAUGCUGACUCCGCCCGUGCCAUUAAGAUUUACAAAGCAAGAAGAAAUUAGGAAGCUAUGGGUAGGGCACGCAAGCCUCUAAGUGGGCAGCACAGGCAUUGUGAGAAAUGCUUCGACCGUCACUGCCACAUUCCUGUGGAGCCUGAUGUCUCCUGUCUGGUGAUAAACUGCCACCUGUCCUGUGGUGCUACCUUCCACAUGUGCAAAGAGGCAGAGCAUGAGCUCCUCUGCCCUCUGGAGCAGGUUCCAUGCCUCAACUCUGAAUAUGGCUGCCCCCUUUCCAUGUCCCGCCACAAGCUGGCCAAGCACUUGCAAGUGUGCCCUGCCAGUGUGGUCUGCUGCUCCAUGGAGUGGAAUCGCUGGCCAAACGUGGACUCUGAAACUACCCUUCAUGAGAACAUCAUGAAAGAGACCCCCAGUGAGGAGUGUUUGGACACAGCCCUGGCCCUCCAGGACCAGAAGGUCCUUUUCAGAUCUUUAAAAAUGGUAGAACUUUUCCCAGAAACUAGAGAGCCCACUCGGGAGGAAACUACCAUGAAUGGUGAAGCCACUUGGGAGGAAAUGGGAGGAGCAGUGGGUGGAGUGGAUGCCCGUUUGGUACCACAUGGGUCUCUGUCAGCAGCUAAUGGAGAAAUGGUAGAGCUGAGUCAAGAAGAACGAGAGGCAUUAGCCAAAACCAAAGAAGGGAUGGACCUGGCCAAGUAUGACAAGUGGGAAAAUAUAUUCAGCAAAGAGCAUGCAGCCUCUGCUUUAACAAGUACAUCAGUGAACUGUGACAACAAUAGCAGGAACAACCCUGGAAAAGAACAGGUUUCCAGUGACAAUAACAUGGUAAGGGAGGAUGAUCUCCAAGAGAAAGAGAAAGAACCACAGGAAAAACAGAAGCAGCAGGACUUUAAUGCAGUCGUGGAAAAGACAGGGCUUGCCCCUUGGCAGGAUGGUGUUCUGGAAAGACUGAAAACAGCUGUGGAUGCAAAGGACUAUAAUAUGUAUCUGGUGCACAAUGGGAGGAUGCUUAUUCACUUUGGUCAGAUGGCUGCUUGUACGCCUAGGGAGAGAGACUUUGUUUAUGGCAAACUUGAGGCUCAGGAAGUAAAGACUGUUUACACCUUCAAAGUUCCUGUGAGCUACUGUGGGAAGCGGGCUCGCAUUGGAGAUGCCAUGUUGAGUUGUAAGCCAAGUGAACACAAGGCAGUAGAUACUUCAGAUUUAGGGAUCACUGUGGAGGACCUGCCCAAAUCAGAUCUCAUCAAAACCACCCUCCUGUGUGCUUUAGAAAGAGAACUUAAAGGUCAUGUCAUCUCUGAAUCUAGGAGCAUUGAUGGGCUGUUUAUGGAUUUUGCUACACAGACAUACAAUUUUGAGCCAGAACAGUUUUCUUCUGGGACAGUGCUGGCUGACCUCCUAACCACUGACAACCCAGGGGGGCUCCACGUGGAACUCCACAGUGAGUGUGUGACCCGGAGACAUAACAAAAGCAGCUCUGCCUUCACUUUCACUUGCAACAAAUUCUUCAGGAGGGAUGAAUUUCCCUUACAUUUCAAGAAUGUCCACACAGACAUUCAAUCAUGUCUCAAUGGCUGGUUCCAGCAUCGAUGCCCUCUCGCCUACUUGGGAUGUACUUUUAUUCAAAACCAUUUCCGUCCCCCAGGACAAAAGGCAAAAGUGAUUUAUAGUCAGGAGCUCAAGACCUUUGCCAUCAAGCCAGAGGUUGCUUCAGAGCUGGGUGAGAGAAAGAAGAACAACCAUCUCUCAGGCUGUGGAGCAAAAAGCCAGAAUUCUCUAACCAGCCUGCCCCUGGAGGUUUUGCAGUACAUUGCUGGGUUCUUGGACAGCAUCAGCCUGUCCCAGCUUUCCCAGGUAUCUGUGCUGAUGAGAAAUAUCUGUGCUACUUUGUUACAAGAGAGAGGGAUGGUCCUCCUACAGUGGAAGAAGAAGAGGUAUUCUCAUGGAGGCACUUCCUGGAGAGUCCACAGAGAGAUCUGGCAAUUCAGCAGCCUUUUCUCCAAAGUCAAGAGCUGGGAGUUUAAUGAAGUUGCUUCCAUGUCUGAACACCUGAAGGCCUGUCCUUUCAACAUUGUAGAGCAUAAGACUGACCCAGUUCUUCUGACCAGCAUGUGUCAGCUCCAGGAGCAGCCCCGAGAAACCUUAGUCACCACCUUUAGAACCAGACCACGAGGAAGACACACUUGCUAAAGAUUCAGAUGCCACCAUUCUUGGAUUUGUCCUCCGAGUUACUGAAAGUAGGACAGAGUGUGGUUUUGAGGACUUUCUUCUGUAAACUACAUAUGUGCUUUUCUAGGUAUAUGGAGCAUGCACUGUCCUAAACCUGAGCAGUUGCGCAGGAUCUAAGAAUUUUCUAAGCCAUGGUUUGUACACUUGUCAUUAAGUGCCAUACUGAUUACUUAUUUCCUUCUCCCCACCCCCUUUUUUUCCUAAAACAAAUCAGUC